CUAGAAGGGGUAGAAGGAAGAGGGUGAGAGAGGAGAGAAGAAAUAGAGAAAAGCAACCUGAAAAGAGUUAAUGAUUUGUAAAAUGGCGGUUUGCAUGUUCUGGCUUCUCACCUACGUGGGACAGGGGCUGGACCUGGCGGUGGGCAAUCGACCCGUAAUCAUACAAGUACAAGGCACACAGGGGCUCGACUAUCGUCACGGAAGCGGUAGCAUUAGAAAGAAGAGCGAGCUGAGCUCGGUAGGCGGUGGCAACAACAACAACCUGCUGCACAUGAGGAUAUAUCCUUCCGACGGUCCCCACCGGGACGACCUGUCCAACUGGCUGGUCUUCAACGACGAGCCGCGGAUAUCCUCGUGGUCGCCCGCGGGCAUGCUGAUCGACGACAUCGUCAAGGAACCGCGGGAGCUCCAGAACGUGUUCUUCGCCCUGUCGCCCGCCGUGCUGAACGUCCUCUAUUCCGAGUACAUGACGUCGCAGCCGCACGCCGCGACGCAGCCCCACGUCGCGGAGCCCUACGUCCACGACGACGGCAAUCACCAUCUGCUCGGCAGCCGGCAGCAGGCCCAUCAGCGCCCGAAGAAGCGGCGCAUCGGAUGCCGGCACCCGCUCAGGGGCCCGCUCAGUCUACCGAUACUGGUGUGCGACGAGGCUGGCAAGAAGGCUACCACCCUUCAGGAAUCUAGACAAUCGAAUCACGACGAUCUCUACGCGGAGCAGAGAUUUAACACUGCGACGAGCACGAAGACUGAUCUCGCGCGCGCCGAGGCCGGCACCCCGCUUAACUUACCCACGAACGGCGGCUUCGUACCGAAGGCCUUCGCCUACGAGACUAGCGGAAACAAACUACCCGGAAGCAAGCGGAGCCAGAUCACGAUCGGACGGCGUUCGAUCGACGCGCAGGGGGAAUCCCCGGGACAUCAGGCUCAAGCAUCCUCGGCGUCCUCCGCCGGCGCGAGCAUCGCCUCGCAGCUCAUGUUGAGAUCAAUCCGGGGAAGCAUACAAUACGACGUGCCGCAAAUCGAAUGCCCAGUCUCCGAAGACGGAAUGGAAAGAUUCGCCUGCCCGACCGCGGAUAGAAUGGGUAGAUUUCAUUGCAUCGACGAUCACGUUCUGUGCGACGGCUUUAUAGACUGUCCCUCAGGCGAGGACGAGGAUAGGCAAGCCUGCAUGUUUUACAAAACCACGAAAGCGCAUCUGGACGUAUUAGCGGAUGCCAUACUACGAUGGGCGAGAGGACGCUAAUUCCUUCUUUGUUGACGAUGAAUCUCCAAGCUGUACAUAAAAUCACAAGUCUGAUACGUCUACUUCUUUAUAUAUUCAUCGAUAUCUUUUUCUCCUACAUUAAUCUAUUUUCCGGAAACUGUUUUCUCUCUAUGUUUGGCGCAUAGAGACGUUCAUAUUGAAAUCAAACUCAGGGGAACGUUAAGAUGAACCGUCUCUCUCUCUCUUUCAUUUUCUCUAUUUCCUUCUCCCUUUCUCUCUCUCUCUCUCUGUCUUCUCUCUUUCUCUCCUUUUCUCUUUCCCAGAAGAGAAUACGGUCGCUCGACUUAAUCUCCGAGAGGACACGGCAUGGUUCUAACUACAUUAAAAAUCGGUUAGCAAGGUCUAUCGUAACCAAAAUAUCCUCACAUAAAGUACAAAUUAAGGUGUCCGAACUUUUAGGAUGUUAUAAAUAAAGUUCGUAAGAGAGUUAUGGCAUUUUAACGCCGCUGUGUAUGGCGCACGAAAGUACCCGACUUGAAUAAUUUCAGUUCUAUAAGCAUCUACCAGCUAUAUACCAACACACAGAUGAUGUAUUACGAUUUCAUAUUGAGCGAUUUCCGCGAGGUCGUAACUAACUCUUUAACGACUUUAUUUUGGUACAAUAAAGUAAUUUUGAAGACUGAGAACUAUUUACUUCAUUCCCAGAGUAAAACACGCGGCUUCGCCGUCGCGCGCCGAACCGGUAGGAACGAACGUACGUAUCGUUUUGACAAGGAAUGGGCACGUGUACCUAGAGACUUCCUCCUAGAGUACUUCCUAAGAGAUUGUAAAAGACAAACAAUGUACUCGCGUUUAAUCAAACUGCUCCGCACGACGUUGACGCGUUUAAAGCGAAUCGUAAUAAUAAUGAAAUCAACGUCGAUCCGGUCUUCUGGUAUCGCGUACCGUCACGAAGAGACGUCUCCUUCUCGCCUUGUGCACGCUCUAUGUUGUCAUGUCGAUAUCUCUAAAUAUUUAUUUCGAAUUUAAUGGAAAGGAUGUCCGAAUAAAAAUAUUUAAAAAAAAGCAGAGCGAAUGCUUUCAGCGGAAGAAGGGAUCCUUGUGAAGAUUAAUUGCGCUUCACCAAACCCGCUCCGAACUAACGAGUUAGGAAAUAUUAGGGAUUUAUUAGCAAGCCAUCUUGCUGCCGUAUACACUUUGCGUUCUGCGACAUUUAUUUACAAGCCUUUAUCACACUUAUUCAGAAAUUCACUAAUAUAUGUACCGAUAUUGCUGUGAGAUUGACGAAAGAUGAAUUUCUCCUAUGUUAAACAUUUGAUGUCCAAGAAUUAUGACUUAACGGUAACAUAAAUAAUACAUAUAUGUUCCAAC